UUGCCGCUCCGGCCACUCCCUGUCCCCUCUGCAGUCUCGCUGUCCCCAAGCUGCUCCUGCCUCAUGGCACCAAUGGCUCUGGCCCUCAUCCUGGGUGAGUGACAAUGGGGACGUGGUGCCACAGGGGUUGGUGGCCCUCUGUGGGACCAGGACCAUGCCCCUUGCAGGUUGGUGUCUGGUGGCAGCCAGCAGGGCACAGCACCUGCCCCGACCCUCCCUGUCACUGCAUCCCAGCCAGGGGGUGUCCCUGGGGGACACUGUCACCCUGCGCUGCCACGUGCCCCAGACGGCUGCCCGGGUCUGGCUGUACCAGGAUGGACAUUUGAUGUCUGAGAAGGACGUAGACAAGGUGCAGGAUACAGCUGAGUUCUUCUUGGUUGGUAUAAAGCCGGAAGAUGCAGUGAAGUAUUGGUGUCAAUACCAGAUACUGGAGCCACUGUGGACAUCGAAUAUGAGUGACCCCGUGGAGCUGAUGGUGACAGAUCCAAGAUUCCCCCCUCCUGGCAUUUCCAUGAGCCCUGAUGAAUGUGUGAAGGUGGGAAUGAAUGUGACCAUGCAGUGCCGGAACAACAGUUAUGGGGGCAUUAUCUUCCUGCACAAGGACGGGCACUCCGCCCCUAUCCAGCACCAGGAGCCCAAUGGUGGGGGCAUGGCCAACUUCACCCUUGUUGGAGUGACCCCAGCUGACACUGGCACCUAUAGGUGCUCCUACCGCGUUGGGAGCUCCUACCUUCUGUUUUCACCCCUUGGGGACAACGUGACACUGAAGGUGACACCCGCAACUGCUCACCCAGGUGCUGAGAGGAUGUCCCGUGGGAACCUGGUGGUGGCAGUGGUGAGGGGCUGCGCUGCCGCCCUCGUCUUUGGCCUGGGCCUCUACUUCAUCCUUGAUGCCCGCAGCUUCUGGAUACGGAGAGAUGAGAGCCCUUGUGGGGAAGGCGCUUGAAUCACUUUGAUACCCAGCAGAGCACCUUUCGAUCCCUCCAAGUGUGUUCUGCUUCCUCUUUGAUAUCGUCUAUGUGCCCAGUCUCUCAAUCCCCCUUUCCAUCCCCUAUACAUCCCCCCAGGUGUGCUCUUCCUUGUCUUCCAUCCCCUAGAGGUGGAUAAAUCCCCUUCACUUUCUCCUGCUGCUGCUUCCAUGCCCUAUUGAUCCCCCUCGUGCUCUCUGGUGCCCUCCAUAACACCCAACCCACUCCCCUCCCCAUUUUCAUGUAGCUGCCCCCCUCAGGAAGCCUGAGUCCAUUAGGUUCCAGGACAGUGUCUGAGUCAGGGAAAACCUAAAUCCAGCCUGCCUCUUGGGGACCCCUAAAAC